CUUUAUAUUUCUUUUCAUUGCUCCUGUUGUGGAUGGCAUGAUUUCAUUAACCAAAUAGUACGCAUUUCUGGGGCCCAGUUGCGAACUGGGGUUUACCUAUCGCCGCCAUAGCAGACUUUAAGAAGAACCCAGAAUAUAUUAGUGGUAAAAUGACAUUUGCACUGAUGAUCUAUUCAAUGUUAUUCAUGAGAUUCGCGUGGAAGGUGCAGCCUCGUAAUAUGUUGUUGUUUGUCUGCCAUUUCACAAACGAGAGCGCUCAAAUCAUUCAAGGUUGUCGAUUUUCUGAUUACUGGUUUCUUAAAAAUGACGAACAAAGGAAGGAAAUUCGUUUGAAAUUUGACCAACUUUUGGAAAUAGAAAUGGCUGCUGCCGCAGAUAAGAGGAAACAACAGCAUGAGAAAAAAUCAGCCAAACUCUCAUCUUAAACUAUAGGUCACUAGGUUUUAUUUGUAAUAAUAAUUGUAUAAUUUAUUUGAAUUUUUAAUGGUUGAAUAUAGGUUAGUAGGGCUGAUUAGUUUCCAGGGAUACUGAAAUUAGUGAAAAAAGGAAGUCUAGGACCUUAUGGUAUCAAUAUCAUUUGCUCUGAUUCUUUUGUGUGUCCUCACUAUUACUAAUUGUGCUGCCAGGAGUGUUUUCUCCUAAAAUUUAGAGUCUGAAGCCUGGAGUCUCCUUUAUGGGGCCGACAAUGGGGCCGUUUCAACUUGGGGAUUUAACAUUUAGAGCUAAACUCUUGAUUGUACUUAAUACAUCUGUGAUAACAGCAGAAUGAUAGACAAUCAAGUUCCAUACAUUCAGUCAUCAUUGAAGAGAAGUAAAGGUAAGAAAUGCUCAUCCUGCUUUGGAGGUGGAAUCUUCCUAUAGAAUGCCACCUCCAUGUGCGGAGCGAACGCUGAAGAAGUUGUCCUUGCGCUAUUGGUCUGUUCGUGCUGUUCAUUUCUAUAAACAGAUCAGCGCCCCUCUUGGUGCAGUUGCAAUAAAAGGUUCAACACAUGCGUUGGACUGUUGAUAUGUGGGCUCUUAUCUUUGUUGCCCUGCCAAGCUUGACAGUCUUUAGCAGAUGAUGUGACAACAGUUGGGGUAUGCAGAAAAGGAAGGGCUGGCGACUUGUGGGUAUCGAAAUUCAACAACACGCACAGUAUUUUUGUGCAUCUGUGAUUAUUUUUUCUCCACUUGCAAUGCAAUUGUUUGAUAUUAUAUGUUAGGUGACAUUUGUGUAAUUAUUUUUGUCUAGUCCUUUUAGCUUUCCUGUCGAGCUGUCCAUAUUCUCCCAAUUUUGUGCAACUAGAAACCUUCACUCCUAUAAUGAUGACUAGGAAUCGGCCCGAUAGUCGGCAGAUGAUCAAAACUGCACGUACUUAAGAUUAUGGUGUUCCUCAGUAAAUUUGGACGACACUAUUUUUAAGCCUGUGCAUUUAUGCUUUUGUUACUUUUUCUUCAUUUAGAAUACAAAAAAGACGUUUUUACAUUGAUUUUGUGUGCCAAUGUUGAUAAGGCCAAGGAAUAACAAAUGCAGCAUUGUCGAAAGUUUAUUCUUGCUGCGUUACAUUAUUUUAUACCAUGGUGUACCUUAGCCACAAAGAAUUUUAGCUCGGAACCCCCUACAUGUAUAGCUCAAUUCGGAUAGUAGUGAAAUAGUAUAAUAAAGGUCUAAAGUGUAAGACUAAUUUAAAUUUAGAUAUGAAAUAAAAUGAAAUUGAGGUCUGACUGUUGAUUGUGUAAAUAACGUGUACUUACCAUUGCUUUGGCUUCUUUUUACUAAUGUUGAUAGGAUUACUAUACUACAAAACAUUCCUGGAAUAAUCUAUCAUCCGGUGAAAUGCAUAGAAGUUUGAUUGGUUGCUGAGCAAUUUCCUCACGAAAUUCUGAGGUAUAUUUAUGUGUUUUGUUGUUGUAAAAAUGUUAUCAAAGUUUGGAGUGUAUUGGAGAAUGCAGUAGAUUCUUCCAUAGGUCUUUCUUAGUUGCUUUGAGAGUUCUUUCUAUAUAGACUGCAGGUGAUAAGAAUAAAGAUUUAGCUUUGACUUCAGUUGUCUGCCAAAAACCCUGUGAACAUACACAAAGUUUUCCGAAAAAGUGUUUACAUUGUACUGGUCUUUAUUCAUAUCACCCAGUGUCAAUUGUUAUCCUGAACUCAAAAUGUUUGUUUUGGCAGCUAUGUAUUGCGUAUUGUGUGUGUGGAACUAUUCAUAUUUACAUGUAGUGGACUAAUUCUUUAAACAAUGAGUUUAAAGAUCCUGAUGAAGAGUUCUAAAGUCACUUACCAAUAGUGUGAUCUGGUUAGUUUAGGGAAUUGAUACCUAAAUGGAGGUAUUGGUUGCCUCACCUAACACUCUCAUGGUGCAGCUUAAAUACAGGCCAAAUAACAGCACCAUGAGUGGUGUUCAGGUAGAGUGAGGCAACCAAUAUCAACAGUGAGCUAUCAAUUUUGUUUUCCUAAACAGCACAAACUUGAGACAUCUUCGGACAAAAAAAAUGUGUGUAUUGUAGUUUACUUUUGCCUAGGUAGGUAGAUUAGGGGAAUAAAUCCAUUGAGGUUUUUUAUGAUUUGUUGAA